AUGCCCAGCUCCCUGUUUGCAGACCUGGAGCGCAACGGCAGCGGCGGCGGAGGGGGAGGCGGCGGCGGUGGCGGCGGCAGCGGCGGCGGCGGCGGCGGCGGCGGCGGCGGGGGAGAGACCCUGGAUGACCAAAGAGCCCUGCAGCUCGCGCUCGAUCAGCUCUCCCUGCUGGGGCUGGACAGUGACGAGGGCGCCUCUCUGUACGACAGUGAGCCGCGCAAGAAGAGCGUGAACAUGACCGAGUGCGUGCCGGUGCCCAGUUCCGAACACGUCGCCGAGAUCGUGGGGCGGCAAGGUUGUAAAAUCAAAGCGCUGCGGGCGAAGACCAAUACUUACAUCAAGACCCCGGUUCGCGGGGAGGAGCCUGUCUUUGUUGUGACGGGCAGGAAGGAGGAUGUGGCCAUGGCUCGGAGGGAGAUCAUCUCUGCCGCGGAGCACUUCUCCAUGAUCCGCGCCUCGCGGAAUAAGAACACGGCGCUCAACGGCGCAGUGCCCGGGCCGCCCAACCUGCCCGGACAGACCACUAUCCAGGUGCGGGUGCCCUAUCGCGUGGUGGGGCUCGUGGUGGGGCCCAAGGGCGCCACGAUCAAGCGCAUCCAACAACAGACGCACACGUACAUCGUGACGCCCAGCCGCGACAAGGAGCCGGUGUUCGAGGUGACCGGCAUGCCUGAGAACGUAGACCGAGCUCGCGAAGAGAUCGAGGCGCACAUCGCCCUGCGCACCGGCGGUAUCAUCGAGCUCACAGAUGAGAACGACUUCCACGCUAACGGCACGGAUGUGGGCUUUGAGCUGCAUCACGGGUCCGGCGGGUCCGGCCCAGGCAGCCUCUGGAGCAAGCCCACCCCCAGCAUCACGCCCACCCCCGGCCGCAAGCCCUUCUCUAGCUACCGCAACGACAGCUCCAGCUCCCUUGGCAGCGCCUCCACGGACUCUUACUUCGGCGGGGGGACCAGCGGCAGCACAGCCGCCACCCCGCGCCUGGCGGACUACAGCCCCCCCAGCCCCGCGCUCAGCUUUGCCCACAACGGAAACAACAACAACAACGGCAACGGAUACACCUACGCGGCGGGGGAAGCUUCCGUGCCUUCCCCCGACGGCUGUCCCGAGCUGCAGCCCACCUUCGACCCGGCUCCCGCUCCCCCGCCGGGGGCGCCGCUGCUCUGGGCUCAGUUCGAGCGCUCCCCCGGAGGCGGACCUGCAGCGCCCGUGUCCUCUUCCUGCUCGUCCUCCGCGUCUUCGUCCGCCUCGUCGUCCUCGGUGGUGUUCCCCGGCGCCGGCGCGCCCUCCAAUGCCAACCUGGGGCUGCUGGUGCACCGCCGGCUGCACCCGGGCGCGAGCUGCCCGCGCCUGUCCCCGCCCUUGCACAUGGCGCCGGGGGCGGGCGAGCACCACCUGGCUCGCCGGGUGCGCAGCGACCCGGGCGGAGGUGGCCUGACCUACGCCGCCUAUGCCAACGGGCUGGGGGCGCAGCUGCCCGGCCUGCAGCCGUCGGACACCUCCGGCUCCUCGUCGUCGUCCAGCUCCUCCUCCAGCUCGUCGUCGUCGUCGUCGGGGUUGCGGCGGAAGGGCAGCCGCGACUGCUCCGUGUGCUUCGAGAGCGAAGUGAUCGCCGCGCUGGUGCCCUGCGGCCACAACCUCUUCUGCAUGGAGUGCGCCAACCGCAUCUGCGAGAAGAGCGAGCCCGAGUGCCCGGUCUGCCACACCGCGGUCACUCAGGCCAUCCGCAUCUUUUCCUGA